CAGUCCCGCCCCCCCCCGCUGGAGCCGCCGCUGCCGACCCUCACUCAGUCAUUCAUUCACUGCCUCCCACUCUGCCUCGCUCCUGCCCUGCCAUGAUCGGCCAGAGGACGCUGCACUCCUUCUUCAGCCCCGCGCCGCCCAAGAAGCGCGCCCGGUCCCCGGAGCCGGGAGGAGAUGCUGAGGUGAGCGCCGCCAAGAAGGCGAAGGGAGAUGAGGCGGGCGCGGCGCCGUCGCUGAGCGAGGAGCAGCGGGAGCGCAUCCUCAAGAACAAGGAGGCGGCGCGGCAGCUGCUGGCGCAGCGGAACGUGCCCCCGGGCUUCGCGGACAGCUGGCGGCGGCAGCUGGCAGGGGAGUUCUCCAAGCCGUACUUCGUGGACCUCAUGGCGUUCGUGGCCGAGGAGAGGAGGCGCUACACGGUGUAUCCGCCCCCCGAGCAGGUCUUCACCUGGACGCAGAUGUGCGACAUCUGGGACGUGAAGGUUGUAAUUCUGGGACAGGAUCCAUACCAUGGCCCUAACCAAGCUCAUGGGCUCUGCUUCAGUGUCCAGAAGCCUGUUCCACCUCCCCCCAGUUUGGAAAAUAUUUACAGGGAGCUCUCUACAGACAUCGAGGGCUUCACUCAUCCUGGCCAUGGGGAUCUGACUGGCUGGGCCAAGCAAGGAGUGCUCCUGCUCAACGCUGUGCUCACCGUGAGGGCUCACCAGGCCACAUCCCACAGGGAGCGGGGCUGGGAGCAGUUCACGGACGUCGUGGUGUCCUGGCUCAACAAGCACCUGAACGGGCUCGUGUUCAUGCUGUGGGGAGCCUAUGCCCAGAGGAAGGGCAGCUCCAUUGACAGGAAGCGCCACCACAUCCUACAGACGGUUCAUCCUUCACCCCUCUCAGCCAACAGAGGGUUUUUCGGCUGCCGGCACUUCUCCAAGACAAAUGAAUUCCUCAAGAAAUCUGGGAAGAAGCCCAUCGACUGGAAAGCACUCUGAGCACCUCCUGGGUGUCAGGAUUUGGGUGCAGCCCCUGUGUCAGGGGUUGGCUCAUUUCUGACAAACUUCUGCUGACCUGUUCUUUGGGUGUUGGUCAAUGAACAAAUGCCUAAACUUUCAUUUUAUAUAUAUUCUAAAAUGUUUAUUUUUCAAGAGCAUGUUUGAGUCUUCGAUGGACAACUCUGCUCUUGGAGCUGGUCUCAGCUUCAUUUGGAGCAAAAAAAUCCCCAGAGUUCUAUGUCAGUUUGUUGUUGUUGUAAUGGGAAUAUUUUUUCAGGCUCUGGUGAAGGGAUGUCAAUUCUUAAGGUGAAGCUGCUCAACUUCUGUACGUGCCUGGCUGCCUCCUGCCUCCUUGCCUCCUCUCAGGCAGACCCAGGUUUCCUGUUUAUGCAUUUGGAGCUGACUUCCCGUGAGGAAAAGAAAGAUGCUCUUGGUUUUAGCUUUUUUCUACAGAUUUAUUA